UUGUGAGUAUAUUAAUUAAGUGAAGAUAGAUAAUUAAAAUUAAAAUUGUAUAGCUUGAAGUGCACGUCUCACGUUGAUACAUAUAUAUCAGCGUUUAUUUUAUACUUGGUGGUGGUGUAAAAUAUUAGGGAAAAAUAUUCGAAUAAAAUUAAAUAAAGAAAAAAAAAAAAAUAGAAACAAGCUUGGGAAGAACUAUAUACGUAUUUUAUGAUAGACAGCUGUAGACUGAUCUAGGGUUUUUAUGGUAAAUAGACGGCAAGGACCGAUCUAAGAUUUUUUUUAUGAUAGACAGCUGUAGACUGAUCUAGGAUUUUUAUAGACGGCAAGGACCGAUCUGAGAUUUUUGUGGUAGGCAGCAGGGACUGACCUAAGUAUUUUAUGGCAUUUUAUGGUAGGCAGCAGGGACUGACCUAAGAAUUUUAUGGUAUUUUGUGAUAGGCAGCAGGGACUGACCUAAGUGUUUUAUGAUAUUUUGUGAUAGACAGCGGAGACUGAUCUAAUAAAUUAAAGUAGACAGCGAUAGGCUGAUCUAGGAAAUUGAUGCACGCGCGUAGCAUUUUUGAAUUAUAUAUGAGAAUAAUUGAUUAAAGUGAAAUAUUGAAUAUUGAAUUGAAAUAUAAUUGUUGAGAGAAUUUAAGUGAUAUAUAUUGAAAAAAAAAAAAGACAUUUUGAAUUAAAAGGCAGUAGAUGACCUUAUUAAAGUAAUUGACGUCAAAUUUUGAAAAGUUUUGAAAAAAAAAAAAAAAAGAGAGAGAUUAAUUAUAGGGGCCCUAGGAUAAGAAAUAGUAUAACAUUACUAAGAAUAAGUUGAUAGAAUAAUUAUUAGAAAAAAAAAAAAAAAAUUGUUAGUGUUUAAAAGAUUAAAUGGUAAAGCGCGUAAAUUAGGAAAUUAAAUCAUUUAGGAAAAAUUAGUAAUAAUACUUUUAUAGUCUAUAGUCUAUAAAAAUAGGGGAUAGGAAGUCGAAUAUUAUUAGAGGGAUUUACGGAGUAGCUAACCGGGGAAUUUUUCGUUAUAAUAUUCGAGCGUAGUACGAGCGCGUACACAUAAAAAAAAAAAAACAUCGCGGAACAAGGCGAGGGAAACGGGUGAGGGAAUACCGUAUCGAAAUUUAACUCGCGUAACAUAGGCGGUCGAACGUUUUACGUGUUAUUAGAUAGGUACUCAUCCAUCCAUAUCCAACGUACGACGUGCGUUUACGUAAUUUAUUUUUAUUAUUUGUGCAUGAUAUUUAUUUUAUAAGUAAUAAUUUUUACGUAUUAUUAAUUUUGGUGACGGUAGUUACGAAUUAUUAGUUUAUAAAUCAAUAAUAGUAUAUACAUGUAGAGUAAAUACUUUUGGUAAUUACUCACGCGGAUAGGAUAUUAAUAAAUUUAGUAGAUAUAAUUUAUAAGUACCUAGUAGAUAUAAUUUAUUAAAAAUUAUAUAUAUGUAAUGUUUAGAUAAAUAUAUGUCAGAAUCCGAUAGUUCAGAUAUUGAUACUAGUUCUGCGGACAGUUCAAUAAAAGUCGAAAAUUAUAAAUCUAGGAAAGAAUUAAAAGAGGCAGUUUUAAAAGACGCUGUAAAGAAAGAAUUUUUAGAACAAACUAGGAAAAACAUAGUUAAAACUGUUAGGAAAAAUUUAGUAAGAACACAUAGUUUAACAGAACAGAUAGGUACCGCGCCACGAAAACAAACCGUAGGUCGUUUAGGUACUAGGUCAGACUCAAGCGUAAUUCACGUGCAGUUAGAGUCAGUGGUUAAGAAAAAAAUGAGUAAAAUGGAUUUAGAUAAAGCAAUUGCUAUGAUACCUAUUUGCACGGGCAAAAAGGACGUAGCCGAAUUUAUAAAUAUUUGUGAAAUCGCAAUUAAAGAAACAACAGAAGCAGAUACACCGAUAUUAUUAAAAAUAAUUACUUCUAAGUUAACGGGGAAUGCGUUAGAAGUAACAAAAUAUCGAAAUUUAGAAACAUGGGGAGCAAUAAAAACAAUAUUAGAAGGGGCAUUCGAACAAAAAGUAUCGGAGAGGGCCCUAUCAAUAGCUUUAAACACGGCACGUAUGGCCGAGGGAGAAAGUGUGGCAAAAUUCGCUAGUAGAAUCGAAGAGUUAUAUUAUAAACUCUGCGCGGCAAGUACGAUAGGUCUAGCUCAGGCCGAGGCAGAUAUAGUGAAAAAACAAACAAAGAAACAGGCAAUGAUCAUAUUUAUGACAGGGUUACCUCAUCACUUAUAUACAGUAUUGAAAAGUCGAAAUCCCAGUACAUUGGAACAAUGUUUCAAAACGGCGAUCGAUGAGAUGCUCGAAUAUGAGUCAAAAGUAGAAAUGGAUAAAUUGCAGAGACAAAUCGGUAAUGGAAAACAGGCGGACGUCAAUAACGAAGAAAAACGACAAAAUGGUGGUAAUACAAAUAACGCAGUUAAUCGCGGAGGAAACGGUAAUUCAAAUCAAAGCAAUAGAAAUAAUAAUUUCAACGGGUAUAACAACCGAUAUGUUAAUCACAACAACCGCAAUAACUAUGGGAAUAAUAAUCAGAGCGGAUAUGGCUCACACAUGGUUAAUCGCGGCGGUCAACGAGGCGGAAACGGCUAUGGACGGAAUUUCAAUGGCAAUAAUGUACAACAAAAUAAUAUUAACCGAAGCACCGGAUGCUACACUUGUGGUAGAUCUAAUCACAUAGCACGAGAUUGCUGGAGCAAUCGACCUAAUGCGCAACAAAAUACAUACAACAAUAAUCGUGUAAACGGCACGCGCCAUGCGAACAACAACAAUAAUGUUCGUAGGGAUAAUAACAAUACUCAGGGCGUACUUUGCAGUUACUGCAAUAAGAUAGGUCAUGAAAUUUCAACCUGUUAUACAAAACAGAAAAACGAAAGAAGCACGUCGGGAAACGCCAACGGACCAUCACCAGUGGGAGUCAGAUUGGUCCAAGAAAUAGUUCAAGACCCACACACAGGAUUUUCCACAUCACAGCAAAAUUAAUAGACAACCACAUUACUUUAGAAUCACCCAGUUUUAAUAAGAAUCAAAUUAAAUUAUUAGUCGAUACUGGGGCGGAUCUAAAUAUAAUUAAAAUUAAUGCAUUAAAAGGAAACACUGAAAUUAACGAAAACGAAAAAAUUUAUUUGAAAGGCAUCAAUGAAAAAAUAGUUUCUACAAUAGGGAAAACAGAAAUAGAAUUAAUAAUUAAUAAUGAAGCAUUCGAAACACAAUUUUAUGUUGUAAACAAUAUUUUUCUGAUUCUGGCAGACGGAAUUAUUGGUAAUAAAUUUCUAAUAGAUAAUCAUGCAGUAAUAGACGUCGCUAAUAACACGCUAACAAUAAAUAAUAAUAAAACCGGAAGCGAUAGUGACAUCUGUUUUACAUUAAACCCGCGCUCAGAGACAAUAGUACAAAUCGAUAUACCCGAUACAGAAAUGAAUAAUAAAAAUAUUUUAAUUAAUAAACAAGAAUUAAUACCGGGCGUAUAUUGCGCGAAUAUUUACAAUACAGUCAAAAACAACAAAACUACAAUAAGCAUAUUAAAUAUAUCUGAAAUGACACAGGAAAUAAAUGUAGGUCAAGUGCGUAAUAUUUCAUACGACACGGAUGUUUUGACAGAUAGCGUACGGUGUAUAAACACAAUUGACACUGAACGCUCGCGUCGGGUCAGGGCGUUGAUACGUACUGAUCAUCUUCAAGUUCACGAAUAUAAUUCGAUAAUAAAAAUAUGUGAACAUUACGCGGACAUUUUCUAUUUAGAAGGGGAUAAUCUUACGUGUACUACGGCAGCAGAACACGUAAUAAAAGUUCCUAAGGAUUUGAAACCGAUUUAUAAAAAACCAUAUCGUUUACCGUUUUCACAACAACCGGAGAUAGAAAAACAAAUAGGUCAAAUGAUGAAAGAUGAAAUCAUAGAAAGAUCAAUGAGUCCGUUUAACGCACCAUUAAUAUUAGUCAAAAAGAAGGAGGACGCCUCGGGGAAACAAAAAUUCAGAAUAGUUAUCGAUUUUAGGGCACUUAAUGAAGUAACUUUAAAUGAAUUUCACCCAUUACCAAAUAUAACGGAAAUAUUAGACCAAUUAGGACAAUGUCAACUGUUCAG